UCAGCCGGGCACGGGGUGGGGCCCGGCUCGGGGCGGGGCCGGGGCGGUAAAAAGGAGCGAGGGCGGCCGCGGGGGAAGCUACCGACGGCGGCUGCUCGGGCACAGACAGGGCACCGACAGGGCACCUUGCCGGCUGCAGGCCCAGGCUCUCGGCGGUGGAGCUAGGUGAGUCUAGGAUCCAGCUUCCAAAAUGUGGCGGCUCUUGGCCACCCUCAGCUGCCUGGUGGUGCUGACCAGUGCGCGGAGCAGACCCAGUCUCCAGCCCCUGUCAGAUGAGCUGGUCCACUAUCUUAAUAAGAAGAACUCUACAUGGAAGGCCGGACACAACUUCCGCAACGUGGACAUGAGCUAUGUGAGGACUCUGUGUGGCACCAAACUGGGUGGGCCCAAGCUGCCCGAGAAAGUGUGGCUUGCUGAGGACAUAACUCUGCCUGAAAACUUCGAUGCCCGGGAAAACUGGCCAAACUGCCCAACCAUCAAGGAGAUCAGAGACCAGGGUUCCUGUGGCUCCUGCUGGGCGUUUGGAGCUGUGGAGGCCAUUUCUGACCGGAUCUGCAUCCUUACCAAUGGGCAUGUCAACGUGGAGGUGUCUGCCGAGGACCUGCUCACCUGCUGUGGCUUCCAGUGUGGAGAAGGCUGUAAUGGGGGCUUUCCCUCUGGUGCUUGGAACUUCUGGACAAAAAAAGGCCUGGUGUCUGGUGGCCUCUAUGACUCCCAUGUAGGUUGCAGACCCUACUCCAUCCCUCCCUGUGAGCACCACGUGAAUGGCUCUCGGCCCUCAUGUACAGGGGAAGGCGGGGAAACCCCGCAGUGUAGCAAGAUCUGUGAGCCGGGCUACACCCCAUCCUACAAAGAAGAUAAACACUACGGAUGCAAGUCAUACAGCGUCCCCAGUAGCGAGAAGGAGAUCAUGGCAGAGAUCUACAAAAAUGGCCCAGUGGAGGCAGCAUUCUCCGUGUAUUCAGACUUCCUGAUGUACAAGUCUGGCGUGUACCAACAUGUCACUGGAGAAAUGGUGGGAGGCCAUGCAGUCCGCAUUCUGGGCUGGGGGGUAGAGAAUGACACCCCCUACUGGCUGGUAGGCAACUCCUGGAACACCGACUGGGGUGACAAUGGCUUCUUUAAAAUCCUCAGAGGACAGGAUCACUGUGGAAUUGAGUCGGAGAUCGUGGCUGGACUCCCCUGCACGGACCAGUACUGGAAAAGGAUCUAACCUGCUGUGGGCCCUUCCAGCCAGCCCUGGGGCAGUGUUUCCUGAAAUAUAGCCAGUGGGGCUGGGGUGACAUGAGGGAUAGGAAUGUCUUUUAUUCUUUGAGUACAAAUGGGUUUUAGACAGGGCCUAAAGGACUGGAUUGGGCCAAACCUUGUGUCUACCAUGAGAGCAGUCUUCCAAGGAGACACAGCCAAGGCCUGGCUACCUCCCAGGCCACUCAGUGGACUGUUGUCACAAUGCAUUUAAACCACUGCUACACGCAACGCAAGUCCUUCCCCCUUAGACUAGUGUUGCUCGGCUCUUCCUGCAACCCCUCCACAUCCUUCGUCCUCCAUCUGUGCAUCACCAGGGAGCAUGAUAGGCCAACAGGGUUCGCAUUUUUUUCAAAGGAACGAAAGGUGGAUUUCCUAAUCGUAGCUUCCCAUGCAUCCCACCAUCAGCGGUACCUCUGAGCAAGCAGCUUUCUAAUUUGGAAAUAGGUUGAGAAGAGAAAUAGUGGGGCAGCCCUUUGGAAAAAGCCACUCUCCUGGGGCUCCUGCAUCUGUCGAGCUUUGCAGUGUUGCUAACCUGCUCUGAUCUUGGCAUGAUUUUUAAAUAGAAGUUUUAUUUUUGUGUGCACCUCAGCUGAUCAUGAGAAUGAGGUAGUCUAAUGUUGGAAGAGCUGUACUAGUUUUACCAACUGUCUCCUUAAAACAAACUGGGUGGUCUUGAUUUGACUGACUGACUGACUGACCUCUUAAUACAAUGAAAAUAGAGAGAAACCAGCCUUUAUUGUUUAAAAAUCACUGCUAUACCCUAUUAAAGAAGGAAUACUGUGCCAAUAAAAGGUUUCUCCUUCAA